AUGCGCAACUACGCGGACGUCUUUUAUUGUGACGGUUGGCAAAAUACGCCGCUGAUACCGGCAAGCCCGGUGUACAUAGUAUGCGUCCUGUUCGUCACAAUGGCGUUGAAAUUUGGAUUUUUGGCUUUCUGCAUGAUGGUGCAUAGCUUCUGGCUGCUGAACAACGCGAUUACGAUGAGCGAAAAGACGAAGAAGCUGCAGAGGAUGCUGAUUAUGCUAUUGUUAGUCCAGAUAGCGGUCCCACUUUGCACCCUGAUGAUCCCGUGGAUCUACUACUGGUUCGUCGUUACGCAGAGGUGGAUCGUAAAUCCAAUCUGGAACAACCUAUUCUUGAUGAUCGACGGGGUGCAUGCCACGGCGUCUUCAAUAGCCAUUGUCUUGCUGACGAAACCUUACAAGUUAUACCUAAAAAAGAAAUUCUACCUGCUAGUGUACGUUCUUGAAGCAUUACCUCUAAUGAAA